ACGUGGGGGCGCGGCCGGGGGAGCUGCUGCGGCGGCGGUGACGGGGGCGGCGGCCGCGCGUCUUUGGCGGGACCAGCUUCGAGGCCGCGCCGUCUCUGCAGCUUGUCCUGAAGAGAAGGCAGAGCAGCUCCUGGAUGCCCAGAGCUGGCAGAGGAGGCUGCCAUGGCUGCUGUCGACAGCUUCUACCUCUUGUACAGGGAAAUCGCCAGGUCCUGCAACUGCUACAUGGAAGCCCUCGCCUUGGUUGGAGCUUGGUACACGGCCAGAAAAAGCAUCACCGUCGUCUGUGACUUCUACAGCCUCAUCAGGCUGCAUUUCAUCCCGCGCCUGGUGAGCAGAGCAGACCUGAUCAAGCAGUAUGGAAGAUGGGCGGUCGUGAGUGGUGCCACGGACGGGAUUGGAAGGGCCUAUGCAGAGGAGCUGGCCAGCCGUGGGCUCAACAUCGUCCUGAUCAGCCGGAGCCAAGAGAAGUUGCAGAUGGUCGCUAAAGACAUAGCUGACACCUACAAAGUGGAGACUGAUAUCAUAGUCGCGGACUUCAGCAGCGGCCGCGAGAUUUACGCCAUGAUCCGGGAAGCCUUGCAGGACAGAGACAUUGGCAUCCUGGUGAAUAACGUGGGUGUGUUCUACCCCUAUCCGCAGUACUUCACGCAGGUCUCUGAGGACACACUCUGGGACAUCGUCAAUGUGAACAUCGCCGCGGCCAGCCUCAUGGUCCACAUCGUGUUGCCGGGGAUGGUGGAGAGGAAGAAGGGCGCCAUCGUCACCAUCUCCUCUGGCUCCUGCUGCAAACCCACCCCCCAGCUGGCGGCGUUCUCAGCAUCUAAGGCUUAUUUAGACCACUUCAGCAGAGCAUUGCAGUAUGAAUAUGCUUCCAAAGGAAUCUUUGUACAGAGUUUAAUCCCAUUCUAUGUGGCUACCAACGUGGCCACCCCUGGCAGCUUUCUGCACAAGUGCCCAUGGUUGGUGCCUUCCCCAAAAGUGUAUGCACAUCAUGCUGUUUCUACCCUCGGCAUUUCAAAAAGGACCACAGGAUACUGGUCCCAUUCCAUCCAGUUUCUUUUUGCACAGUAUAUGCCUGAAUGGCUCUGGGUGUGGGGAGCAAAUAUUCUCAACCGUUCUUUGCGUAAGGAGGCCUUAUCCUGCAAAGCUUGAAGCCAGAUGAUGGUUGGGAAGUUUGACCAACUCGUGGGAGCCUGCAGUAUUCUACAUUUGGAGGAACACAUGGAAUUUAUCUUCUGCAUUUUUUUUUUUCCACGACUGAUUAUUUAGCAUACUCGUGACUCAUCCUUUGCAAAACAAACAUAAGCCUUUUAAGAGUGCUGUGGGAAAGCCUUCAGGGCCGCACAGAGGGCACAGGGUGAACACCGACUGUGGCACAAGAACCGCUGGAGGACACCUAGAAUGUGAUGUGUGCUUUUGUUUUUUAAACUUUUCAGAAGUUGUGUGAUUUAUGUUGUUCUAGGAGCUCCAGUAAUAUGAUACUGAUAUAUGAUAUAACUUGUCAGCUCUUACAGUCUCACAUGUUUCUUAAGGGAAAUUAUGUCAGUAGAUGAAUUACAGCAUUGGUUUUCAAAUGUCCAUCAGGAAAGACUAUUGAAGUGUGUUAUUUUCUAGGUAAGGUUGCUGGUAUGAUUAGUGGAAACCUGUAUUAUAUUGUGUAGCUUUAGUCGUUUGGCUCUCUGUGUAUGAAAUGCUGCUCCUCAACUGAUACUUAGAGAACCAUGUGUGUACAUAUGUUGUGUACAUCCGGGCAACUUUAUUUAUUGGUAGUUUACUUUAAAAAAGAUUUUCUUGUUAAGAUGUCUUAAUGUGGCACCCAAAGGGGUAUUAAAAUUCUGCAUUAUUAUUUUUCAUACUAAACAAGGCCACCUAACUUUGUGCUAUAGGUUUGCCAUAUAUAAUAUCACCUAACAAUGUUCUGGUUUUUUUUUUUAAUCUACUAAGGAAUUCAUUCAUUCAUAGAUUUGGACAUGUGAUGACUGACCCUCAGUCAUCUCUUGAUUUAUAGUUACUGUGGAUAAGUAGUGACUUCUCAGCCUAUGACCCAUUUUAUAACUGAAGUUUAGCCCUCUAGAACUUCUUAUACUUGGUUGUGAAACACUUUUCUGUGUAAUAUUAUUCCAUCCCAGUAGCAUUAAUGAUAUAAAUAUCAAGUAUUUAUAGAAUAAUAGUUAAAAUAUGGACAAAUUACGUGUGUGAAAAGACAUACUGUAUCUGUUGAAAUCAGUCAGAAGCUCAUUCUUGAUUCGUGUAACAAAUUUGUAUGUUACAGUGAACACUUCCAUUGGUGUGAAGAUAAUUAAUGCCCGAUAACCACCACUAUAUGGGUUUGCACUGAAACCUGCUGUGUAGUCUUUUUGGCUCAGCUCUCCUGAAGCCAAACAUUUUUGAGAACCACAUACCUAGUGCUUUGACAGUUGUAAAUCACGAGACGAAUAUGACAGUAUGUGCACAUUUGAGACCCACAGUUUAAUAUUGCAGCACUGACGCAGAAACCAGUUAAUUGAAAUCAGGACUUUAUGGACUCGCUCACUCCUGAGCUGAUAGCCAUUACGAGGAGGCCUGAGCAUGCUUUUAUUUUAUGCCCACGGUUUUGCCAGCGACAUUGCCUUAGUAUUUCCAGACCUGACUUGGACUCAGGAUCAGAAGCUCUUCCAUCGACAGAUCAGGCCUUCAUCACACAAGAGGAAGAACUGCAGUGUGGAAAGUCACAUUACAGUGAUUCGACACGGAAGUGCCGACUUUGAUGGCGUUAGCUGGAAGCCUUUGUCAUAUUUGGCGUUUCCCCACCUGACAGUUAAUUGAUGGUCAUUAAGACUAGAGAAAACUUGACUUCAUGCCACAUUGAGUUGAACUUUGACAUAUAAUAAGCAGCAAUGUGAUGUAAAUAUACCAUAUUUAUAUUUAAGGUGAUGUGUGGUACAGCAGUGUCUUAUAGAUUAGAUGUUGGAUCAUUGUUACAUGAGACUAAGUAAACCAUGUCAGUGAUGUUUUAAAAUUCUCUUCUUGGCAGGAUGUAUGUAAAUAUACUGAUCGGUGCAAAGUUCACGAAAAGAUGAAAACCAAGAAUCUUCCUUAGGUUUCAUCUUUCCCAGCGCUCAUUUGAGAGUUAUAAUUGGACCACUGUAGCUGGGGUUUCUCUUAUUAAGGAUGUGGGAAAUAAACCUUUGAAACAACCUGUGACCUGAAAAUUUAACAAUAAAAGCAGUUGCUUCUGCUUCCUUUA